GCGCGCCCUGACGUCACGUCCGGCGCGGCGACGGCGGCGUCUCCACACGGUCUGCUGGGCUCGCACGGCCAGAGCAGUUGGAGCUUUCUCUUGCAUACCCUCGCUCCGGCUGGCCAGGUUGUCACUUCUGCUUUGCUGUCCUCUGGACCAUGGAUGGCUCCUUCGUCCAGCACAGUGUGAGGGUCCUGCAGGAGCUCAACAAGCAGCGGGAGAAGGGCCAGUACUGCGACGCCACCCUGGAUGUGGGAGGCCUGGUGUUCAAGGCGCACUGGAGUGUCCUUGCCUGCUGCAGCCACUUCUUCCAGAGCCUCUACGGGGAUGGCUCAGGGGGCAGUGUUGUCCUUCCUGCUGGCUUCGCUGAAAUCUUCAGCCUCUUGCUAGACUUUUUCUACACGGGUCACCUUGCCCUCACCUCAGGGAACCGGGAUCAGGUGCUCCUAGCAGCCAGGGAGUUGAGAGUACCCGAGGCUGUAGACCUGUGCCAGCGCUUUGAGCCCAAAACCUCAGCGGGACAGGCAACAGGUGGCCAGAGUGGGCUGGGGACACCUGCCUCCCAAGAUGCGAAUAGCCACCUCAAGGAGCCGGCAGGCUUGCAGGAAGAGGAAAUUUCGAGGACUCUGGGUUUAGUCUCCAGGGAUCAGGAGUCUAGAGGCAGUCACAACCCCCAGAGGUCCCAGCUCCGUCUCCCUGCUCAGAGUGAGAGCCCCUCUUCCCUCCGUGGGAAACUCAAGCAGGCUCUGAAGCCUUGUCCCCCAGAGGACAAGGAGCCUGAGGACUGCAAAGUGCCCCCAAGGCCCUUUGAGGCUGAAGGUGCCCAGCUGCGGGGCGGGAGUAAUGAGUGGGAAGUGGUGGUUCAAGUGGAGGACGACGGGGAUGGCGAUUACAUUUCUGAGUCUGAGGCUGUGCUGACCAGGAGGAAGUCAAACGUAAUCCGAAAGCCCUGUGCUGACGACCCAGCCCUGAGCACAGGCUCCCUGGUAGCUGAGCCCGCUGAGAACAGAAAAGGUACAGCGGUACCAGUCGAAUGUCCCACAUGUCAUAAAAAGUUCCUCAGCAAAUAUUAUCUAAAAGUCCACAACAGGAAACACACUGGGGAGAAACCCUUUGAGUGUCCCAAAUGCGGGAAGUGCUACUUUCGGAAGGAGAACCUCCUGGAGCAUGAAGCCCGGAAUUGCAUGAACCGCUCGGAACAGGUCUUCACGUGCUCCGUGUGCCAGGAGACGUUCCGCCGGAGGAUGGAGCUGCGGGUGCACAUGGUGUCCCACACGGGGGAGAUGCCCUACAAGUGUUCCUCCUGCUCCCAGCAGUUCAUGCAGAAGAAAGACUUGCAGAGCCACAUGAUCAAGCUGCAUGGAGCCCCCAAGCCCCACGCAUGCUCCACCUGCGCCAAGUGCUUCCUGUCCCGGACAGAGCUGCAGCUGCACGAGGCUUUCAAGCACCGAGGGGAGAAGCUGUUUGUAUGUGAGGAAUGUGGGCAUCGGGCCUCAAGCCGGAAUGGCCUGCAGAUGCACAUCAAGGCCAAGCACAGGAACGAGAGGCCGCACGUGUGCGAGUUUUGCAGCCAUGCCUUCACCCAGAAGGCCAAUCUCAACAUGCACCUGCGCACGCACACGGGCGAGAAGCCCUUCCAGUGCCACCUCUGUGGCAAGACAUUCCGCACCCAAGCCAGCCUGGACAAGCAUAACCGCACCCACACGGGAGAGAGACCCUUCAGCUGUGAGUUCUGUGAGCAGCGCUUCACAGAGAAGGGUCCCCUGCUGAGGCAUGUGGCCAGUCGCCACCAGGAGGGGCGGCCUCACUUUUGCCAGAUCUGUGGCAAGACCUUCAAAGCUGUGGAGCAGUUGCGCGUGCACGUCAGGAGGCACAAGGGGGUGAGGAAGUUUGAGUGCACUGAGUGCGGCUACAAGUUUACCCGGCAGGCCCACCUGCGGAGGCACAUGGAAAUCCACGACCGUGUGGAGAACUACAACCCGCGGCAGCGCAAGCUCCGCAACUUGGUCAUCGAGGACGAGAAGGUGGUGGUGGUGGCGCUGCAGCCCCCCGCGGAGCUGGAAGUGGGCUCGGCCGAGGUCAUCGUGGAGUCCCUGGCCCAGGGCGGCCUGACCCCCCAGCUUCCCAGCCAGAGAUUGUGUGCAGAGGAGAGCUUCGCUGGCCCCGGCGUCCUGGAGCCCGCCCUCGUCAUCACGGCUGCUGUCCCUGAGGACUGUGACACGUAGCCCACUCUGCCCAGCAGAGUCUGCUUGGCCCUAGCCCCUAAUAAACCAUGAGGCUUUGGACUC